CUUUUUCCGGUUUGAGUGAACGCUCCCGGCACGUUUUUGAUUCUGAAAAAUACCACAAAAAAGCAUGUCACAGGCUCCAAAGCAAACUCAGCAAGGAGGAGACAAAGAUAAGGAAAAGAAGAAGAAGGAAACGAUUUUAGACCUUGCGAAAUACCUCGACAAGACGAUCAGAGUGAAGUUUAGUGGUGGAAGAGAAGCUGCUGGUGUGUUAAAGGGUUAUGACCCUUUGUUGAAUCUGGUACUGGAUGACACAACAGAAUACCUCAGGGAUCCAGACGAUCCAUACAAACUGACUGAGGACACAAGAACUCUGGGAUUGGUUGUAUGUAGAGGAACCUCUGUAGUUCUUAUCUGUCCAGCCGACGGAAUGGAAGCCAUUGCCAACCCUUUCGUUCAACAAGAGUGAUGGGAAAGUGAAAGUAAAAGGAGUUCAAGGACAAGUUGUUUUCAGUUUUGUACAAUCUUGGCAGCAAACGUUGAGAUGAUGACAUCGUGAAAAAUUACUUUGAAGUGUUAAUAUUGUCAUCAAACACUUGUCAUAAAGUUAACUUUUCUUUCAUUCUAUGCUGUUGGGAGACAUACAUGUACAGUAAGAAAAAGGUUAUUUUGUCAGGUUAUUUUUUUUUUCAUUUUUUCAAGACACAGCAUAAAAGAGUAAAAGGUUUUCAGAUCACACAGUGAUAAAAUCGGUUUCUAUAUGAAGGCCAAAUACACGCGCCCAAAUUAUUCACUAUUUUUUUUUUUGUCCAUCAAUGUAACACUUUACAUUAUGACUGUGUAAUUUGUAUGAAUUUAGUUGGUGCGCAUUGUCUCUUCUUAUCUAUACUCAUUGUUUUCACAGUGCUUUACGUAUGUUGAAAAAAGUACAGGCAAAAGAUAAUUCUCACAAAAUCAACAAACAGAUAGUACUAAUGUUACAUUGAUGUUACAUAUAUGUCAUCUUUUCUUGGUUUCCACACCCGUCAAGUUGGGACUAUUUGAUUUUGAGGUGGUAUGGGACAUUUGUCAAUAUUAAUGUUAAUUAAAGUACAUUAUUAUUUAAGUACUUUCUCCGGUUUAGAAUUUUCAAAUUUUACAAUAUUGCACUAAACAAAAUGUUUUAAGAUUUUUUGAAAAGGUUAAAAAUUUUAAAAUGCCCAGGGGGAAUCGAACUCAUGACUUUCAGAUUCGUAGUGAAACCUCUAACCCACUGUGCUUAUCUGUUAGGUGACAAUUAUGGGAAAAGAAACUAUUUGUAAAAUUACACAUGGUUUUGUUGUUUAUUUUCGAUGAAUAGUACGUCACAACGUGAAAGUGUCCCAUACCACCUUAAUAACUUGGUACAUGUACUAUGAAGGUUUCUAAUUUGAAGGGAAAUAUAUAUUUAUUAAAAUUAUUUUAGCAAUGGGUCAUUUUGGUCAUUAUAUGGCACAAUAGAUUUGAUGGCACACGAGACAACAUUUAGCAGCUGAUCAAUUAACAAAAAAGUUAAAAUGUCUGCUUGUUAACAGGAAAGACCUUGUUUUCUUGCAACCAACUAUUGUUUUGAGCAAAUGUUUGUUUGUUGGAGGUAUAACACAUGUAAUAUACCUUUUUCUCCUCUCUUAGCUCAUUAGGUUCCUAGAACACGUUUAUUUUAUGUCAUAAAUUGGACAAUUAUAACUGUAUUUUAGGGGAAAAUAUAAUUGUAAAGCAUAUUAAAUUAAAUGUGGAAACUAAAUUUAGUUGUCUUUGAUUGUCUGUGGUGAUGUAACUAUCACUUUUCAUCGAUAGGUAUUCAAGAACUUUGUUAUAUUAACACUCUAUCAAACUUUUCAGUGUUUUCUCGCACAAACAACAACAUGCCUAAUCAAGAUGGAAAAAUGGGAGAGGUGGUCCAUUGUGGCAGUAAUGAGGUAGAAUACGACUUAAAUGUUGUUGAAUACCUUUCAACCAAAUCGAUAUUCCUUUAUCUCCCAUUUAAAAAAGGGUUAUUUUAAUUUUUAAAAAUCCUUUUAAAAUUGAACUUAUAAAAUUUUGCUAUAUUCUUAAAGGUGUUAGAGAGAAAUUUUAAUCAUGUAUAAAUAUUAAAAUAAUGAACUACAUGUGUUAAGAAUGCGAAACAAAAUUUGCCAUUUUUUUCACGUACCAAUAUUUGUUGUACUGUAUUUCAUUUCGACGUAAUAAAUAAAACAAGAUCCAUUUUA